UCUCUAUAUCUUUCUAUAUCUAUGCACACUACGUACACGUAUACACACCUCAUUCGCCUCCCCCUCUCUCUCUCUCUCUAUGUGUGUGUACAUACAUAAAUACGCUCACCAACAUUUCUUUCUUUGUACAAUUCCAUUUUCUUGGACUCCAAGCAUCUGCCUUCUGCAAAACUUUAACACCCUUUUUUGGUUUAGUUCCUAGAAUUGAAGAUAUGGUCAUGGGGAAGACGGAGAAAGUCGCCGCCGGCGAUGAUUGCUGUUCCGGCGGUGUACAUGAGUUGCAUGUUCUUGCCGUCGACGAUAGCCACGUCGACCGGAAGGUCAUUGAGAGGUUGCUCAAGAUCUCUGCCUGUAAAGUUACAGCGGUAGAGAGUGGGAGCAGAGCUCUACAAUAUCUGGGCUUGGAUGGAGAGAAAGGCUCUGCUACAAUUGAUGGUCUGAAGGUAAAUCUGAUAAUGACAGACUAUUCAAUGCCUGGGAUGACUGGUUAUGAACUACUCAAAAAGAUUAAGGGUUCUUCAGCACUGAGGGAAAUUCCUGUUGUGAUAAUGUCAUCUGAAAAGGUUUUAGCUCGCAUUGAUAGAUGUCUGGAGGAAGGGGCUGAGGAGUUUCUGAUGAAGCCUGUUAAGCUGUCCGAUGUGAAGCGUCUUAAAGAUUUCGUGCUGAGAGGAGAUGGGGAGAGCAAAGAGGCGGGAGCAACAACCCGUAAGAGGAAAUCGACAGAUGAAUCGUUCACAAGGCCGCCAUUAUCUCUUUCCUUGGCGUCGUCUUCGCCCUCCAUCCAUCCCGAGACUACUACGCCUCUGUCCCCGAGGUGUUCAUCAGUUGCACUGCCACUUCCUCUCUCGAAACAUCCUAGACUGCACCAAGACACUGAGCCACUGGUUGAUCCCUGAACCAUAUAUCUCAGUUUUUGAAUUUUGAUUUUGGGUACCCUUUGCCCUUCUUUGCCUGGUUAAUUCACACUUGUACAUGCUUACCUGUAGAAACACCAUUUCACACCUUUGGGGAGAAGGAAAAUGUUCAGAUAUGGAAGGAAAAAAUUAUAUAUAUCUUAACCUGAUUUUGUUCACAUUUUUGUUUUGUGGAUUCUAAUUCUGUAAAUCUGUAAUUUAUGUUGUUUGGUUGGAUGA